AUGCAGCCUAACUCCAGCGAGCUGGGUGCUCAUCAGGCAGGACAUGGUUUGUCCCUGACAUUACUGCCAGAACUACUGACCAGGACACCAGCAGGGGCUACCGGGGGCUCUGCUAUCCCGGAGACUAGUGGAGAGGUCCGGGUACCUAUCCUCUCCAGCGGGCCCUGGGAGUCAUGUAGAGGAGGGGCGUCAUCCCGUAGGUCCAGAGCCAGUUCCAGAACCAGUUCCCACAGCCACUCCCAUUCACAUGGUGGGGGACACCAGCACUCCCACAGUGAGGCGGACCCGGCUGAUGCUGAUCUGGAGUCAGGGGAGCCCAGCACCUCAUUCUCAGAGCUGCGCUACCUCUUCCGCUGGGUUCAGAAGAGUCUUCCUUUCAUAAUCAUCCUCUGUGCUAAACUGGUCAUCCAACAUGCCCAAGGUAGGUGUCGGGUAACAGUAACAUACAGUUGAAGUCGGAAGUUUACAUACACUUAGGUUGGAGUCAUUCAAACUUGUUUUUCAACCACUCCACAACUUUCUUGUUAACAAACUAUAGUUUUGGCAAGUCGGUUAGGACAUCUACUUCGUGCAUGACACAAGUAAUUUUUCCAACAAUUGUUUACAGACAGAUGAUUUCACUUAUAAUUCACUGUAUCACAAUUCCAGUGGGUCAGAAGUUUACAUACACUAAGUUGACUGUGCCUUUAAACAGCUUGGAAAAUUCCAGAAAAUGAUGUCAUGGCUUUAGAAGCUUCUGAUAGGCUAAUUGACAUCAUUUGAGUCAAUUGGAGGUGUACCUGUGGAUGUAUUUCAAGGCCUAAAAAUGUAUACCUCCACAAGUCUGGUUCAUCCUUGGGAGCAAUUUCCAAACACCUGAAGGUACCACGUUCAUCUGUACAAACAAUAGUACGCAAGUAUAAACACCAUGGGACCACGCAGCCAUCAUACCGCUCAGGAAGGAGACGCGUUCUGUCUCCUAGAGAUGAACGGACUUUGGUGCGAAAAGUGCAAAUCAAUCCCAGAACAACAGCAAAGGACCUUGUGAAGAUGCUGGAGGAAACAGGUACAAAAGUAUCUAUAUCCACAGUAAAAAGAGUCCUAUAUCGACAUAACCCGAAAGGCCGCUCAGCAAGGAAGAAGCCACUGCUCCAAAACCGCCAUAAAAAACCCAGACUACGGUUUGCUACUGCACAUUGGUACAAAGAUCGUACUUUUUGGAGAAAUGUCCUCUGGUCUGAUGAAACAAAAAUAGAACUGUUUGGCCAUAAUGACCAUCGUUAUGUUUGGAGGAAAAGGGGGGGGCUUGCAAGCCAAAGAACACCAUCCCAACCGUGAAGCACAGGGGUGGCAGCAUCAUGCUGUGGGGUGCUUUGCUGCAGGAGGGACUGGUGCACUUCACAAAAUAGAUGGCAUCAUGAGGAAGGAAAAUUAUGUGGAUAUAUUGAAGCAACAUCUCAAGACAUCAGUCAGGAAGUUAAAGCUUGGUCGCAAAUGGGGCUUCCAAAUGGAAAAUGACCCCAAGCAUACUUCCAAAGUUGUGGCAAAAUAGCUUAAGGACAACAAAGUCAAGGUAUUGGAGUGGCCAUCACAAAGCCCUAACCUCAAGCCUAUAGCAAAUCUGUCGGCAGAAUUGAAAAAGCGUGUGCGAGCAAGGAGGCCUACAAACCUGACUCAGUUACACCAACUCUGUCAGGAGUAAUGGGCCAAAAUUCACCCAACUUAUUGUGGGAAGCUUGUGGAAGGCUACCCAAAACAUUUGACCCAAGUUAAAGAAUUUAAAGGCAAUGCUACCAAAUACUAAUUGAGUGUAUGUAAACUUCUGACCCACUGGGAAUGUGAUGAAAGAAAUAAAAGCUGAAAUAAAUAACUCGCUCUAUUAUUAUUCUGGCAUUUCACAUUCUUAAAAUAAAGUGGUGAUCCUAACUGACCUAUGACAGGGAAUUGUUACUAUGAUUAAAUGUCAGGAAUUGGGAAGAACUGAGUUGAAAUGUAUUUGGCUAAGGUGUAUGUAAACUUCCGACUUCAACUGUAGCUAUACAGUCAGGAACAACUUUUUAUUUAUCUCAAGUUAGUUUGUAUGAUAUUUCUUUCAUGACUUUGUUGCAGGUCUAGCUGUUGGAGUUGGCUUAUUUACAACUUUUCUUUACGCGAAUAAGAACAUUCAAACCCAAGUCUUUCUUCAGGUAAGUCACUAACAGUAACACAAUUUCUUAAUUAAUUUCUACAUCAGUGUUUAAACACUAUUCAAACCUCUGAAUCUGAUCCUUCAUGUAUCUCCUCAGGAUCGUCGGUCAAAGAUAGAGUGCGUAUGGCUGCUCCUCUUCCUGGCGUCCUCCACACUCCUGCUUUACUACACUUUUCUCACUGAGACACUUUACUAUUGGUAAGACCCUUCCCGCUACUUCACUUACCAGAGCAUACCUGGGCCCAGUUUCCCCAUAGCAAUGGAAUUUAUGCUUACGAGUGUUUUUAAAUGAUGCCUCUUUCCUACAACGGCCGAAGAUGUAACAUGUGAUUCCCAAAAACACUACGCAGAGAGAACGUUCGCUAAGUGCGUCGUUGAGGCAUGUGUCGAUACUGAUAGGAUCGAAAUAAAGGCAGCGCUGCUCUUGGAUCAGCUUUCUCCAUUCAAAUCUUACCUUAACAUUAUCAUUUUUCCAUAAUACUGACGACGGAUCAGCUCCUAGAAAGAUAUUAUCGCCUUUGACUGCAGAUAUUGAGGCGUCUUAUUCUAAUGCUUACCCUAUAAUAAUGCACUAAAUCUAGAUUUGCUACAUCAUUGCGCACAUGUUGUUACACAUCAUUAAAUAUAUUGAGGCAAAAAUGUGACAUUAGCCUACAAUUAGCAAAAUAGAAAAUUGAUUUAAAUAUUAUAAAUUAUAUAGGCCUGUAGCCUAUACUGUAAGCUAUUUAUCUUUUAAUUCAAUCAUCUCGGUUUAAUUUGAAGCAUCGUUUUAUCCUUCGCUUUUUUGUAACCAUUGCAAAGAUAUUGGCAAUGUAUUGUAUUUGUAGUCAACUUCGUUGUGAAGUUAUCGGCGGUCACAGAGAGACAGAAUCAAGAUGUUUAUCUAUGUUUAGCGGAGGCCUCCUGUUUAUAAAGUGACGUGCUAAGGAAAAACGCAUCUAACGACACACUUAGCUGUUCUAUAACUAGCUUUUUCAAGUGCAACUUUAGUAACAGCUCAGAGAUUUAACAAUGCUCCUUUGAAGCCUUAAGAUUAUUUUGGGAAACCGGGCCCACAAUAGAAUAGGAAAACCUUAUUGGAUACACAAUGUGGACAUUUUGCGAAUGACAUCAUAGUGGCAUAAUACACAAAAGAGGCAGACAUUAAAAUCAUCAGGAGCAUAAUAUUGUAUCCACAUCUUUCUCAGCCUCAUCUUCCUGAGCCCGGCUGUUGAGCCCCUGGGUUUCUGGGAGGUCCUAUGGGUGGUGGGCGUCACCAACUUCACACUCAAGUUCCUUAUCAUGGGGUUCAAGUGCCUUAUCCUACUGCUGCCCUCUAAACUGGUGACCUACAGAGCCCAGGUAAGGAAUAAAUACAAUACAUCUUUAUUGAUCCACUAUACAAUUGUAAAUUUUUCUGUCACAGAUGGAAGGAUGCUCUCUCCAGUUGUGUGACUACUAGUAGGCUCUGCUCAGUCUCUUGUCAGAUACAGAUGACAGAUGGAUCUAGUCUCCACUGUGGAGGACUAAAAUAGAAAUCACAGCACUUGUCAGUAGACAUACAGUGCAUUCGGAAAGUAUUCAGACCCCUUCCCUUUUUCCACAUUUUGUUACGUUACAGCCUUAUUCUAAAAUUGAUUAAUUAACACAUUUUCCUCAUCAAUCUACACACAAUACCCCAUGAUGAGAAAGCGAAAACAGGUUUUUAGAAAUGUAUGCAAAUGUAUAAAAAAAACAAAAAACGUCUUUACAUAAGUAUUCAGACUCUUUGCUAUGAGACUCGAAAUUGAGCUCAGGUGCAUCCUGUUUCCAUUGAUCAUCCUUGAGAUGUUUCUACAACUUCAUUGGAGUCCACCUAUGGUAAAUUCAAUUGAUUGGACAUGAUUUGGAAAGGCACACACCUGUCUAUGUAAGGUCCCACAGUUCAAAGACCAUGCCAUGAGGUCGAAGGAAUUGUCCGUAGAGCUCCGAGACAGGAUUGUGUCGAGGCACAGAUCUGGGGAAGGGUACCAAAAAAUGUGUGCAGCAUUGAAGGUCCCCAAGAACACAGUGGCCUCCAUCAUUCUUAAAUGGAAGAAGUUUGGAACCACCAAGACUCUUCCUAGAGCUGGCAGCCCGGCCAAACUGAGCAAUCGGGGGAGAAGGGCCUUGGUCAGGGAAGUGACCAAGAACCCGAUGGUCAUUCUGACAGAGCUCCAGACUUCCUCUGUGGAGAUGGGAGAACCUUCCAGAAGGACAACCAUCUCUGCAGCACUCCACCAGUCAGGCUUUUAUGGUAGAGUGGCCAGACGGAAGCCACUCCUCAGUAAAAGGCAAAUGACAGCCCGCUUGGAGUUUGCCAAAAGGCACCUAAAGGACUCUCAGACCAUGAGAAACAAGAUUCUCUGGUCUGAUGAAACCAACAUUGAACUCUUUGGCCUGAAUGCCAAGUGUCGCGUCUGGAGGAAACCUGGCACCAUCCCUACGGUGAAGCAUGGUGGUGGCAGCAUCAUGCUGUGGGGAUGUUUUUCAGCGGCAGGGACUGGGAGACUAAUCAGGAUUGAGGGAAAGAUGAACGGAGCUAAGUACAGAGAGAUCCUUGAUGAAAAACUGCUCCAGAGUGCUCAGGAACUCAGACUGGGGCGAAGGUAUACUUUCCAACAGAACAAUGACCCUAAGCACACAGCCAAGACAACGCAGGAGUGGCUUCGGGACAAGUCUCUGAAUGUCCUUGAGUGGCCCAGCCAGAGCCCGGACAUGAACCCGAUCGAACAUCUCUGGAUAGACCUGAAAAUAGCUGUGUAGCGACACUCCCCAUCCAACCUGACAGAGCUUGAGAGGAUCUGCAGACAAGAAUGGGAGAAACUCCCCGAAUACAUGUGUGCCAAGCUUGUAGCGUCAUACCCAAGAAGACUCGAGGCUAUAAUUGCUGCCAAAGGUGCUUCAACAAAGUACUGAGUAAAGGGUCUGAAUACUUAUGUAAAUGUAUUAUUUGCUACAAUUUCUAAAAACCUGUUUUUGCUUUGUCAUUAUGGGAUAUCGUGUGUAGAUUGAUGGGGAGGGGGGGGGACGAUUUAAUCCAUUUUAGAAUAAGGCUGUAACGUAACAAAAUGCGGAAAAAGUCAAGGGGUCUGAAUACUUUCCGAAUGCAUUGUAGGUUCUACCAGCAUUUUGGGGGCCCAAAAGGUAUGGAGAGAAAGCAUUAAUCUAUUGCCUUUCUGUCUGUCCCCAGGGGCGGUGGUACAUGCUGACUGAAGAGGUGGGCCAGGUGUACCAGGCUGUGGCUCCCACCCCGCUGUGGUUCCGCUACCUGGUCACCUACCAGAAAGUGGAUGGAAACACUGGCCUCACCCUGGGAGUCCUGCUGGCUCUGGUCUACUUCAUACUCAAGGUGACUGACCUUAUGACUGCACCACACUGCAUUUAUCAAAGAUGUAUGCUUCGAAGUGGAUUCUUAGUAGUGGAAGUUGUGAAAAAAGUAAAGGCUACAUUUUUUCCCCCACCUUUGUUUAAAUGUACUUAACGCUUGCUUUUUAAAUGUAGCUUUUAGGAUUGUAUGGACAGUGGGGGUCUUUCCAGAAAACAGUGAGGAUAUUUCUAAGUGGUGAGGUACAGUACUUUAAAUACAUCAACAUGUCAACUUUUUCCUUAGUGGUGGUAUGUGGGUUGACUGACAAGUAACUACUGUCUAAUCUUGCUCAUGUGUAGAUCAUGUGUAUCAUGUGAGUAUAAUGCCGACACUUGUAAGAGUUUGGAUCAGUGUUGACUGUGUGGGUUGUAAAUAUGUGUUGUUCCUCCUCCUCAGCACACGGGGGCAGCAGCCACCAGGAGCCAGUGCAGUGAGGCUGGGGACAUCUGUCCUAUCUGUCAGGCAGAGUACAGAGACCCAAGGGCCCUCCUGUGUCAGGUAAGAUGCACAACUCAUCCAUGGGACAGCAAACACUAAUAUUACUGACUUUUCUUUACUCCUACUAUGUAGUCACACAUACAAGUUUGAUGAUUUCAAAAUUCCAUCCACACAAGAGGAUACUCAUUGUGUUCCUUUUGAUACUGAGCAUGGUUGGAUAAAGAAUACCUGUUUAUUCUCUCUCUCAACAACAGCACAUUUUUUGUGACGAGUGCAUUGCUCUCUGGUUCAACCGGGAGAAGGUGUGUCCACUCUGCCGCACGGCCAUCACAGACAAGGUCCACAAGUGGAGGGACGGGGCCACGUCACCUUACCUCCAAAUCUACUGAGAGAAGGAGACACUGUUUGCGAUGUGUGAAUGACAGUUGUAUUGACAGCUAUACUCCACUCCUCAUUGGCUUGUGAAGCUGAUGACCACACUGUUCCUCCAUUCAUUAAGGGCUGUGCCCACUACUGGCCAUGUCAGUAAGGGCACAUAAUAUUUGCAA